AUGAAUACCUUCAAAUCCAUGAUUUUGACUUCAUUUUCAUCCUCUUCUUCUUCCUUUUCCUUUGAUGAUGAGCCUGAUAAUGAAUAUAUGGUCACACUUUUAGGGGCUUAUGAGAAGAAUAAUGCUAGUAUGCUUCAGAUUCUUAAAUCAAGUGAUAGCUCAAAGAAAAUAGGUGGUUCUGUUGUAGGCCAUAAGUAUAUACGCAGAGAUAGAAGGCAGGGCCAUGAGAGAUUGUUUAUAGAUUAUUUUGCUACAAAUCCAGUGUAUUCUCCUACAAUAUUUCGGAGACGUUUUCGAAUGCGUCGUCCUUUGUGUCUGCUAAUUUUGAAUGCAAUCCAAGCACACAAUUCAUAUUUUGUUCAAAAACAAGAUGCAGCUCAUGUAGUUGGAUUAUCGUCCCUACAAAAAAUGACUUCAGCGAUGAGAAUAUUGUCAUAUGGUGUCGCAGCAGAUGUAGUUGAUGAUUAUAUACGUAUCGGGGAAAGCACUGCAAUUCAAAAUUUGCAACAAUUUUGUAAUUCGGUGAUUGAAAUCUUUGGACCAGAAUAUCUGAGAUCUCCAACACCAAUUGAUAUUGCUAGAUUACUUGCUAUUGGGAAGGUUCGAGGCUUUCCGGACCGAUCGCCUUUGUUUUCUGAUCUUGCUCAGGGUAAAGCUCCCCCUGUCCAUUACACUAUUAAUGGACAUAGUUACGAUAUGGGUUAUUACCUUGCUGAUGGAGCAAAGAAACAACAUUUUGCAAUGAUGCAAGAGUCUGCCAGGAAAGAUGUAGAGCAAGCAUUCAGAGUGCUUCAAUCUCGAUUCGCAAUUAUAGGUGGUGCUGUACGUUUUUGGGAUCCGAAAAUGCUUGUCAACAUAAUGAAAAGUUGCAUUAUAUUACAUAAAAUGAUUGUCGAAGAUGGGAGGGAGUAG